AUGGAAAAGUAUUACCGCAAUGACUACAAAACCAAUUUUAUACAACAGUUAUCUGAGUUCCUGUUCGUGGAGAGUGAGGAUCGUCCACUACUUUUCUAUCUAUCAUUCAGUGUCCAAGUGUUUGAAAUGAAUGACAAUAAUAUGUCAUUUGAGACAUACUUGAAGUCAACACUGGACAUAAAAGGCAUUGAAUAUGAAUACAAAGCCGUGAAUUUGCACACAUCGGAGCAAUUUAGCCCGGAGUUUGAGCGCCUGAACCCCUGCCAUCAGGUGCCCGCACUCGUCAUCGAUGGGGACCGAGUGGUGGUCGAGUCCAUUGCUAUUAUUGACUAUUUGGAGGACAAAUAUGGCGAUUCUGGCGUACCAUCGCUGCUGCCAUCGGACAUAUUCUUGAGAGCCAGAGCGCGGGCCAUCGCUCAGGCGGUUGUGGCCGGCAUUCAACCCUUUCAGAACAAUGUGGUGCUGGAAAAAGUGGGAAAAAUGACCGCAAUUGAUCCCAAGAAGGAUCCAGAAGUUGAAGAGAAAUUAUGGGCCAAAUACUGGAUUAGUAGCCGAUUUCGGUCAUUGGAGAAACUGUUGGGUGAGACGAGUGGCCGGUGUUGUGUCGGCGACACUGUAUCGGUGGCCGACGUAUGUCUCGCACCGCAAGUGUUUAACGCCAUUAAUCUCGGUCUGGAUGUCAACCAACUGUUCCCCAAAAUACACAACAUUUACGUAUAUCUCCUAACGUUGGAUGCCUUUAGACGCAGCCAUCCCUACAGACAACCCGACUGUCCUCAAGAUCUCAAACACUAG